AUAUAGCCGGACGCUGUUUGGUGUGACACAAGACGGUGCCGCUUUGUUUACGUCUGUAGCGAGCGGCUAACUAGCUAGCCACGUACAAACAAGACUCCGCGGCCGUGUGUUAACUUAAUGAUAAAGAAGUGACAGCAAGGCGACAUGAAGCCGGCGGUGGACGAGAUGUUCCCUGAGGGCGCGGGUCCCUACGUGGACCUGGACGAGGCAGGAGGCAGCAGCGGCCUGCUCAUGGACCUUGCAGCAAAUGAAAAAGCAGUGCACUCUGAUUUCUUCAAUGACUUCGAGGAUCUGUUCGAUGACGACGACCUGCAAUGACCGGAUACCUCUGUGCGUCUUCCUGUAUGUGUCUGCUCAUCAGAAUGAAGAAAUUUGGGCUUUAUCCUUCCUGAUACAAGCUCUGCAUUUGUGUAGCCUCCUGCUGCCACCCUCCCAAAGACACACACACAUCUUUAAGUCACCACUUUGCUGAAAUAAAGCCUUUUUUUUUAAAAAAGAAAAAAAAAAAAGACUCAUGG